AUCUGAUGAGAUACAUUGAUGAUAAAAUGGCCAAGUUCUAUAGAUCUUCAAGAAGAUUCACCUCUAGUAGCAGCAUCACAAACACCAGUGUCAACACUAUUGAAGAAAGCUUCGGAGAAUAUGAAUUCUCCAAAUGUAAUGAAUAUUUCAAAGCACCAAAAAAAGGUCAUUUUUUAUGAAUAUGAAGUUGAAACUGGUAAUGGAAGAACUAUUAAACUGAAAGCAAGAAGCACAGACAUGUUUGAGGUAUGAACCUGGUGACUUCUGUGAAGCUGUACUCAAUUUCCGUGGUCACCUUCAGAAUUAUGUAUCUUUAUGUCCACAUACAUUUCCCAAUACUGAAUUUUAAUAUCUGUAUAACAUCAGGAU